AUGUCUUCCAUUUCGCUGAAGCUAACAAUUCUUUCUUUCUUAUUUCUUUCUCUUUCCUUUCUUUCUCAAGAAAAACGUUUUCCUUUCCUCCCUUCCCUUCAUUAUUCUUUUCUUUUUCCUUCAUUCUUUCUUUCUUUUCCUUUUCUCCUUUCUUUUCUUUCCUUUCUUCCUUUCUUUUUCCUUCUCUUUCCUUCCUUCCUUUCCUUCAUUCUUUCUUUUCUUUCCUUCAUUCUUUUUUUUCUUUUUUCUUUUCUUUUUUUUCUUUCCUUCUCUUUCCUUCCUUCUUUUCCUUCAUUCUUUCUUUCUUUUUUCCUUCAUUCUUUCUUUCUUCUUUCCUUUCUCCUUUUUUUUUCUUUUCCUUUCUUUUUUCCUUUUUUCCUUCUUUCUUUCUCUUUCCUUCUCUUUCCUUCCUUCCUUUCCUUCAUUCUUUCUUUCUCUUUCCUUCAUUCUUUCUUUCUCUUUCCUUUCUCCUUUCUUUCUCUUUCCUUCUCUUUCCUUCCUUCCUUUCCUUCAUUCUUUCUUUCCCUUUCCUUCAUUCUUUCUUUCUCUUUCCUUUCUCCUUUCUUUCUCUUUCCUUCUCUUUCCUUCCUUCCUUUUCCUAAAUUUUUUUCCUUUUCUUUUCCUUCAUUCUUUCUUUUCUUUUUCCUUUUUCUUUCUUCUUUCUUUCUUCUUUUCUUUUCUUUUUCCUUUCCUUCAUUUUUUUUUUUUUCUUUUCUUUUUUUCCUUUUCUUUCUUUCUUUUCUUUUUUCUUUCCUUCCUUUUUCUUUUUUUUUUUUUUUUCUUUUCCUUCAUUCUUUCUUUUUUCUUUCUUUUCUUUCUUUUUUCUUUUUUCUUUCCUUUUUUUUUUUUUUUUCUUUUUUUUUCUUUUCUUUCUUUUCUUUUUAUUUCCUUUUCUUUUCUCUUUUAUUUUCCUUUUUCUUUCUUUUUCUUUCCUUUUUUAUUUUUUUUUUUUUCCUUUUUUUUCUUUUCUUUUUUUUCCUUUUCUUUCUUUCUUUUCCUUUCUUUUCUUUUUUUCUUUUUCUUUCUCUUUCCUUCCUUCCUUUCCUUCAUUUCUUUCUUUCCCUUUCCUUCAUUCUUUCUUUCUCUUUCCUUUUUUCUUUUUCUUUUUCUUUCUUUUUUCUUUCCUUUCCUUCCUUUCCUUCAUUCUUUCUUUUUUUCCUUCUUUUCUUUCUUUCUCUUUCUUUUUUUUUUUUCUUUCUCUUUUCCUUCUCUUUCCUUCCUUAUUUUUUCUUCAUUCUUUCUUUCCUUUUCCUUCAUUCUUUCUUUUUCUCUUUAUUUUCUCCUUUUUUUUCUUUUUCCUUCUUUUUUCCUUCCUUCCUUUCCUUCAUUCUUUCUUUCUCUUUCCUUCAUUCUUUCUUUCUCUUUCCUUUCUCUUUAUUUUCUCUUUCUUUUCUUUUUUCCUUUCCUAUUUUUCUUUUUUCUUUCUUUCUCUUUCCUUUAUUCUUUCUUUCUCUUUCCUUUAUUAUUUAUUUCUUUCGAAGCAGCUCCUUUAAUAUAUCGUUUUACUGUCUAUCUUCGCAAUAA